AUGAGUUCCACUCUCCUUGCCAGUAAGUUCUCCACCAGCUCACCUCAUUAUCCCUCAGGAUUAAUAGCCUUCCAGUGCAACUUGCGAAAUCCCGUUACCCUCCCAACACUGCAAUUCCUCUCCAAGUAAGUCCACCCCAUCACCCGUCCCUUCACCUUCCAACCAACCCCUUCCAGGUGAUUCACGAGGAGUGUCAUGGCUCUCUAAAAGGCACUUUUAGCCCCGAGCGCCAUAAAAACGGUGAAAGUUCCAAAAAUAACUCCACCGAAGCCAACACCAGCACCCCAGACACCGAGACACUAAACAUGUCUCAAGACUCACCUCGAGAAUCCGGAGAAGAUACCUCCCAUGGCGGAACCCCACCCACCAUGACCACAGUCAGCCCCAUCCAAGACAGCGCAGGGAAGAGCACACUCAACCCCACAAGUGCCGAGUUUAUCCCCGCAGAAUAUGUCCCCAAGCGGGCAGAACUGAUGUCCGCCGACAGGUUAGACAUGGCGUACCGCGCGCAAAAGGAAGUGCUGCAGAUGGAUUGUAUUGCAGCAUACCAGCGGGAUAACUCGUGGCAGCAACAUGAGAUUGCCAGCCUCAAGAGCGCUAUGCGGAUGGAGAGUGUUAUUGGGGUGCGCAAGCGGCUGAAUCCUGCGGUUAAGGAGUUUGUGCCGUCGAUGGAGAGGAUGUGUCCUCUGAAUGGCUUUUCGCAGAAGAGACUGGAUAAUCUCCAUGCGAGGAUUGUGGUGUUGGAGCAGGAGAGUAUGAGGUUGAGGUGUGAGAGGGGUAUGUUUUUGUCGUUUGGGAGGAUGAAAUGUUUUGGUUAG